AAUACUGAUUGCAUUGCCAUUUGCCACUCGUUACAGCUCUCAAACUUUUGAUUAUUACCUCUUUUCCUACACAUCGGGUAGCGACGUAGUAUCCGUCCGCCCACUCCCAUCCUUCCGUGUCACCGUUGUACUAGUAUACUACUUACAAUAUUGCACUCCCCACAGAUAGUCGUUUCCGUCGCAACGUAAACAUUUUACUUUGACGACGAAGAAAUAUAUUAUUUUAAUUAUUAAUAAUUUCGAUUUUGUCUUUGCCCGAUGCGUUAAAAUAAUUUUGUAGUUAUUCAUCGUCAGUUAAAUACCUAACAAAUUCUACAUUAUGGCGUACUGCAGAGCAUUCAAAUCAAAAGUAUGUAAAAAUAUACAGAGCCUAGUUGCUUGUUAACUUCGUUACCUAUAUGAUGAAAUAUAUUAUUAUUAUAUGCCAUUUGUUAUUUUGUCUAUUUUUAUUCAUAUUUAAUUGUCUUUCUGUUACCUAUCUAGGCGCCGUGGGCCAAAUUGGUCUCUGGUGAAAUCCAACAAAGAUGUUUCCAUUCGUCACCUGCUGCAUUUGGAGCCUGUAAAGUUGCUAUGAGCAACUUAGAUACUAAGCCUUUGCCAUAUGAAACUUUGGAGAAACGUAUUAAAAUUGUUGCUGAUAGGUAUGUGUUUUACCUUUUACCGCAACCUUAUUUUAAUAUUAUAUGUAUAUAUAUACAUAUGUUUCCUAUCUAUUUCCUUUUUGAAAUAAUGAAUGCUAACUAUUUGUUUUUUAAUCUUAAUUAUUAUUUUUUUUUCUUUUAAUAGUUUUGUAUAGUUAUCUUAAUUAAUCUUAGGUAGUUUAGCUUUGUCCAAUAAUUUUUAACAUCAUUAUAAACUAACCAUCUAACAUAUAAUAAGUACAUUAACAUAUUAAAAUAAUCAAAUUAAAGUACCCAGGUAUCCAGGUAACCUAUCUAUUUACCUAUUAACAAAUAAAGUAAAUUUGCAAUUAGUUUUGUUAGUUUGAACGUAUGACAAAUGAGGAUUCAUUUUUACCAUUAUUUUGCUUAAUUUUUCAAUUUUCCUGGUAUUAUUACCUAUAUUUUUUUUGUUUGAAUAAAGAAGAAAUAUUUUCUACAACUCAUUAAAUAUGAACUUUGUACGCGUUUAUAUCUAUACCUAAGCCUUAAGUUAUUUAUGUUUUACAGUUGCUGUAAUUAAGCCAGUUCAUAAACAUUAUUUCCGGGUAACUAUUUUGACCAUUGUGUAUAAUCUACUGAUUAGUAAAACAUAAUGAUUUUAAUUGAUUUUAGAUAAUACUGAUAGUGUAGGUUAUUCAUUAUUUAAUACAUUAUUUUAUUCAUCAAAAUCUAUUUUAAUUGUGUUUCCUCAUCAAGAACAUUACGGUACACUUUUAAAGUUAGCGGUCAUAUAAAAAAAAUAACCAAGCCAACCUACUGAUGAUUUCAAUGCAUCUAUUUUUGCUGUAAACUUUGAUUAAGUGCCAAAAUUAAUUUUUUUUAGUAUGACCUAUCUAUUGUAGAUUGUGAUGUCAAAAUGUUUUACUUUAAUCCUUACCAUUAUUUGCAUCUAUAAAAAAUCAUUUUUUCUGAUUUUAACUUAUUAGUUAUAUUAAGUUAUUUCAUGCAGGUUGAAGUGGAACGAUUUAGUCACUACUCACUAAUUAUGUCUUAUUUUAUCAAUCUUAAUACACAUUAAGAUAUAAUUUGUUUAGUCAAUUUAAUUUCCUAUUAUAAAACUGUAAUAUUUAGUGGCAUUUUUAUUCUGUUCUAUACUGUAAAUACUAUGUGGGACAGUAAGAAUAUUUAAUAUUAAUGAUAUUUACCAUCAUAUAAUUUCUAGUUAGAUAUUAACCAGUAUUAUAUUAUUAUAAUUUAUAAUAAAUAUGUACAAUAUUAAAUUUCUAAUGAGUGGUUGAUAUAAAAACAUUAUCAUGAAAAAUACAAAUAAAAUCAAAAAAUGACUUCUCAAUGAACUAACUAGGCAAUUUGCUAAAAAUAAAUGGAACAAAACUUCUCUAUUAUAAAAAAUUUAGGACGAAUAUUUGUUUUUCACCACUUUUUUUUUUUACAGUAAAAUCCUAUCCAAACUCCAAAGUUUAUAUUUCAAAGUAAAUAUUUAUUUCUAAUAUUAAAGUUUUAAAUACUAGACGUGUUUUGCUCCAGAUUUUACUCCAUAGCAUAGAGUAAAUAGUACCUAAACAUUAUAAAAGUCCUUUUUAAUUUUAUAUCAGUAAAUUUCACUAUAAAAGAGUAUUAAGUUUUUGAAAAUAUGAUCUUCGGAAUUAUAUUCUAAAUGCAUUUGAUAUCUAUUCAUAUUUAAUUAUUAAAAAAAGAAGAUUUGAGCAGUAAUUUUUAAAAUUGAAACGAUUACCUUUAUUAAAAAUUCAAUAAAUAAAUAAAGUUCAAUUAAAAUAAAUUAUGCUGUUUAAAUUUGUAUUUUCAUCAACUUGUAUACGUAUAAAGGUAUAUUGUUUUUAGUUUUACUGUUUGGUUGGUAGGAAAGAAAUAAUUAAACAUCAUUUGUGUGUCAAUGUCUAUGUAGUGAAGAGUGUAUAUAUUUGGGAUACUCUGUAUAUAAUAUUUGUAAAUUAGUAAUUAUCUUAUCUAAUAUAAUACAUACUACUAUUACAAAUAAUUGAUUUAGUAAUUGCCACAUAAUAUUUGCAGUGUGUGUUUAAAUAAAAAAAAAAAAAUGUUACUUCUUGGUAUUACUCUCAGAUCUGAAAUAUUGAUUGAAUAUAGAUGGUGAUCUCACAAAACCUCAAAGCUGGACUUUUAAAUUUUAAUUUCCGUAUAGGUGCUUACAUUAAAAAUGUCUUGAUUUCUGGUUUUUCUUUCUUACAUUAAUGCAUAUAUUAUUAUUUAUGUUAACUUGGUUGUCACGACCCACAGGUAAUACUGUAAUGUAGCUCCACUAUUAUUUAAUAAUCUCAAUUUUAGUUUUUUAAUUAAUAUUUGUCUGAAAAUAUUCUAGCAAAUGAAGCUUAAAAAUGUUUAUUGAAUUCUAUGAUUAUCAUUGGUUUCUAAUUUAAAAAUUUAAUAAUUGAACAAUUAUGUAUGAUGACAGUUGUACACACAUUGGGAGUGGAGGGAAGGGAUAGAAUGCCCCCCGAAAUGACUUCAUUAAUUUAAUUUUUUUGUAAUAAUAUCUUAUACCACAGAAUAAAAUAAUGAAAUUUAAUUUCAUCAAAUUAUUUCUUCAUUUAUUCGGUAAUAAUAGUGAUGAUAGUAAUGUACUGAUAAUAUGUACGAUCUCCUCUCUUGGAAAUUAUUAUAAGCACACCCCUUCCCCAAAAAACUUCAAUGUGGGCUACUGUAUGAUAAUUGUUGAACAUAAUUAGUUUUAUCAUUAUUAUGUUAAACAAUAAAUUUAAAAAUACUAAUAUCUAGAGAUUUUAAGAACCUUGAUUUUUAAAGUCAAAUUGAACUUUGAAAAUAUUUUAUCGAACUUAAACAUUUAAAAGUAAAAAGGCUAGGUUAAGUCAAAAAAUUUUAAAAUUGAAAAACUGUAAAACUUAGUAAAAUACUAUGCAAAAAUACUAAUGCGAAACAAUAGAAUUUUUCGUAACAAGGCUGUACACAAUACAUUGUAUUAGUAAUCACGUAGAAUCUGCAUUGAAUAAUUUUCGAAUCUAAUACCCUGAAUUCAGUUCGAUAAUCAAACAGUUUGUCACAUCUCUUCAAAUAUCCAUAUCUUUUUGUUUUACGAUUGUAUAAAAUAUAUAUUGAUUAGUUUUAAUUUUGACUUGUUUGUAUUAGUUUAUUAAUGAUAAUAAUAAUUUGUUAUAGAUUAGGAAAGCCAUUGUCCUUGGCAGAAAAAGUUCUUUACUCUCACUUGGAUGAUCCCAAGAAUCAAGAACUCAAACGAGGUGAAUCUUAUUUAAAAUUAAGGCCUGACCGUGUGGCUAUGCAAGAUGCUACAGCUCAAAUGGCUAUGUUGCAAUUUAUUUCAUCUGGUUUACCAAAAGUUGCAGUUCCAUCCACUAUUCAUUGUGAUCAUUUGAUUGAAGCUCAAGUAUAAAUUAAAUAACACUUAUAAUUAUAUUUUUAAUGCUAAUAAAUAUUUUAUAAUAGAUUGGUGGAGUAGAAGACUUAAAAAGAGCCAAAGAAAUAAAUGAAGAAGUGUACAAUUUUUUGAAAACGGCUGGUGCUAAAUAUGGAGUUGGUUUUUGGCAUCCUGGUUCAGGAAUCAUUCACCAAGUAAUAAUAAUGAAUAUAAUAUUUAGUAUUUUAUUUAAAACGUAAAAUAGGAGUACUAUUUUAAUAUUUUGUUUAGAUUAUUCUGGAAAACUAUGCUUUCCCUGGAUUAUUGAUGAUUGGUACUGACUCCCAUACACCUAACGGUGGUGGUCUUGGGGGUUUGUGUAUUGGAGUUGGUGGAGCAGACGCUGUUGAUGUUAUGGCUGACAUUCCAUGGGAACUUAAAUGCCCAAAAGUAUUCAUUAACUAAUUGGUACAUUUUAACUGCAGUUAUAAUUUUAUUUUAAUUUAGGUUAUUGGUGUUCAUCUGUCUGGAAAAAUGUCUGGUUGGACUACACCAAAAGAUAUAAUUUUAAAAGUGGCUGACAUUUUAACUGUCAAAGGAGGUACCGGUGCUAUAAUUGAAUAUCACGGACCUGGAGUUGACAAUAUAUCGUGCACUGGUAAAAAUAAAUGUGGUUACUUGAAAAUUAUAAAGCUUUAUCUUACCAUUAGUCAAAUUUAUUAAGGUAUGGCUACCAUUUGUAAUAUGGGUGCUGAAAUUGGUGCUACAACUUCCUUGUUCCCUUUCAAUCAUCGAAUGGCUGAUUAUUUGAAGGCUACGUUACGUCCUAAGAUUGCUGAAGAAGCUGCCAAGUACAGUAAGUCAUUAUUGACACCCGACCAAGGCAGCCACUAUGACCAAGUAAUUUUUUUUCUUAUCUUAACUAACAUUAUUAAAAACUAUGAGUUUUGUUAUUUUUAUUAUUUAAUGGAAUAUAGUUAAUUGAACUUGAUUUAAACACAUUGGAACCUCAUGUCAAUGGCCCAUUCACACCUGAUCUCGCUCAUCCUAUUUCCAGACUUGGUGAUAACGCCAAGAAAAAUGAUUGGCCUGUUGAAAUCAAAGUUGGUAGGUUAUUGAAAAAGUUAGCUUAUUUUUAUUUUUUUUCAGUAUUUCAUAUUUAUUUAGUUUUAUGAAGUUAAUGUUGUAAAAUUGUAUAAUAUACUAUAUAUGGCAUUCGAAUGGUUCUUAUUUGGGUGAUGGAAUUUUUUUUUGGAUAUUCCCUAACUUUAUCUGAAAAAAUAAAAAUGUUGAGCUUCCUAGGACAAUUUUCCAUCCUAUAACAAGGUAAAGUUUCCCAUUUAAAAUAUAUUGGAUUUUUUGUUUAUUCUGAAUUUUAAUAUAAGGCAGGGAUCGGCAAUUAGUUUCCAAGAGGGGUCGGAUAAUUUAAAAAAAAACAAUUUUCGAGGGCCAUAUAUUUUUGGAGUUAAACAAAAAAAAAAAGUUCAACUUCUAUCUAUUUAGUGUUCCAUCUUAUUUAACACCUCCAAAAAAAAUGUAAGUUUAUAAGUUAUAAAUGUAUUUAUUUUUGUAUUAAAUACACAAUUAUUAUAUAAUAUUAUUUAUUAUUUUAUAGAAUAAGAUAUAAACACAAUUGUAUUAUAAUAUACAAAUACACCACCCAUCAUAUGAAUAGAUUACAUUCAAGCGCUUGGAUGUUCUGGAUCUACACAGAAAUAAAUAAUGAAAACAAAAAAAAAACCACCUUUAAAGUAAAAAAAUUUUGUCUAUCCGUUAUCCAUUUAUUUGUUCUCCAUGGGCCAGAUUUGGUUUGUAGGCCGCCUAUUGCCUACUCCUGAUACAAGGCAUAAAGAAUUGACAUUCAAUUUUUUUCUAUCAUGAAAAUUAUCAAGAUAAAUCUUUUUAAUGGGGAGAAAUACAAUUAUGCUACUUUCUUCUAUUAAUUAUAUAUUAUUCUGUUUUCUUAAAUUUGGUCAAAAAGUCUGGAAAAUUUGAUUUUUAGCGUGGCGCAUCUUAGAAAAUUGUUUAAUCAUUGAAUAUGGGUCAUUCUAUAUCAACUAUUAAUGAAAACAGAAUUAAUAAUAAUUAAAAUUAACAUUUUAUAUUAUUAAAAAUAAUGAAAAUCAUUGUAUGCUUUAUUUUAAUAAAAUAUUUACUACAUCAACCAUAAACCAGGUGACAACAUGUGGUUACACAAAUUUGAUUUAUCAAGAGUAAAAAUUAUAAUUAAUUGUUUUUUUUUAAUUGUUGUAAAAUCGACAAUCUGGUUUCAUUUAAUCUGUGAUAUACUGAAUUAUUUGUGGGUCUAUGUCACCAAUUAAAUAAGGUUUUUCAUGUAAAUCCUUUAUUGACUUGAAAAUUAAUCUAUAUAGAAAUAUCAGAAAUUACACUCAUAAAUUAAAGAUAAAUAGCCUACUAUUAUUAUUUUUUUCAAUAAUUUAAAUCUAAAAUUAUUUUACUAAAUAAUAAUGUUUUAAUGGAAAAUAAAAUUUAAAAAAAAACCUACCAGUAUUGUAGUUAAAUUAAAUGGACACAAAUGAAUCAUAAAUUACAAUAAAAAAAUAUACGAAAACAGAACAAACAUUGAAUAUUAAUAAUAAAACGUAAUAUUGUUUGGUGUAAAGUAGGGAAGUAUUUUUUUACUUUUGCUGACAUUUUUUAAACCAAAAAAAAUAUAUAUUGUUUGAUUUUUAUCUAGGAUAUUCCAAAAAUAGUCUAUAUGUAUUGAGUUUAUAGACAAAUGAGCAGAUACGGCCCGUGCAUUUAUAGUCUCUUAUAAAGUAUUAUCUCUAAUUUCCAUGCAAGAAAAAAAUUGAACGUCAAUUCUUUAUGCUUUACAUUAAAUAAUAAAAUAAUAAAGUACAAAUAAAAUUAUUAAAAUAGUUAAUACUCGUAAAUAAAUAUAUAAAUAAAAAAGAAUGAAUGGAUCACCUGGAGUAUUAUGAUAAGUAUUUUAUGACCAGUUUUUAAUUAAAAAUUUAUCUUUGGCUAUAUCACAGUCAAAACGUAAAACAUGACGGUUUUUCAUUUUGACUGUGAUAUACCUACCUAACGAGGAAUUUCAAUUUGAAACUGGUCGUAUAAUACACCUAUCAUAAUACUCCAGGUGAUGCAUUCAUAUUUGUAUUUAUUUAUUUAUUUGCUUUAUAUUAACAAAAUUCAAAAUAAACAAAAGGUACAAUGUAUUUAGGAAACCUUAUCUCGUUAUAGGAGGAUGAAAAAUUAUCCCAGGAAACUCAAAUAGAGCUCAACAUUUUUUUUUUCAGAUAAAGUUAGGGGGUGUCCAAAAAAAAUUUCACUAUCACUUAGAUAAAAAAAACCACCUUAAUACAGCAUAAAUUCAUAAACCUUGUUGUAUUAAUUAUUUUUAUUAUCAAUAUCAUAUGUAUAUUUAGGUCUAAUUGGAAGUUGUACCAACUCUAGUUAUGAAGAUAUGUCAAGGUGUGCCUCUAUAGCAAAAGAAGCUUUAGCUCAUGGGCGCAAAUCAAAAAUCCCAUUUAAUGUAACACCUGGAUCUGAACAAAUCAGAGCAACAAUUGAAAGAGAUGGAAUUGUAUAUAGAAAAUAAUAUUAUUAUAUUUCAAUUGGUUUUUGUACUUACAUUAUUGUUUAGGCACAAACAUUGAGAGAUUUUGGUGGUACUGUAUUAGCUAAUGCGUGUGGUCCUUGUAUUGGUCAAUGGGACCGUAAAGAUGUCAAAAAAGGUGAAAAGAACACAAUUGUUAGUUCUUACAACAGGAACUUCACUGGACGAAAUGAUGCUAAUGCAGCAACUCAUGCAUUUGUCACAUCUCCUGAGCUCGUUACUGCUUUAGCCAUUGAAGCUCGCUUAGACUUUGAUCCUUCAGUUGAUUCAAUUAAGGGAGCUGAUGGUUAGUUACAUAUUAUGAGGGUAAAGGACAUGUAGCUCUAAAAAAAUCCUAAAAUAUACACAUUUUAAUAGCGAUUUAAUUAAUAAAAAUUUGUUAUUUCAAAUAAGAAAAACCGUUACCUACCUAAUUUAAUUAUAUGCCAUACCAUGACCAAAUUAAUAAAAAAAAAAAUUGUCAUAAUUAAACUUUUACUUUUAUUUUUUGUUGAUUAAACUGUAUAGACAUUAAUGCUACAUUGAUUGGUUUUUAAAUAUAUUUAAUUUGUCAUUUCUUCUAACACUAAAAAAAUAGUUUUUAUGCAUUAAUUUAUGAUUUUUAUUAAUGAUUAUCCUUUUCAAUAAAUAUUAUUAUUAAAGAAAUUGUAAAAAAAACUUCAAAUGUAUUUUGAUACGCAAGACAAAAAUAUGCAACAUAAAAUUAUAGAUUUGGUGUUGUUGUAACUUAAAACAAAUGUAUUUUAAUACAUUUGUAAACAAUGUAUUUGUAAACUAGCCUUUUCUUACAACUCCGCAAAAUAGAUAUGCAAAUGCUAAAUGUCCUUUACCUUUUAAAUUCUUUAUUAAUUUUUAUCAUGAUUUACUUGAUUUUAUUUUAUAAAUAUUUGAUUUUAAUAUCUGAUAAAUACUUGAAAACAAAAAAAUAUACACAAUGGUAGGUACUUUGUGUGCCUCUUUAUAACUUAUUAAGUAGAUAGUUGAUAGUAUUGUUUUAAUCUGUACAUAUUGUAUAAUUGCCUAAAUAAAAUCUCCUAUUUUACUCUUUGUACUUUUAACAAGUUUAAAUUUAAUUGUAUCCAUUAAAUAAUUUGAGCAGAGCAACAAAUGUAUUAGUUUUACAAUGUUUAUUUUUUCAUUUUUUUGUGAAUAACUUCUAUCAGAAAUUUUACUCACAUUUCAAAUGUAGCACCUUUUUUGAAAUUAAAUUUUUCUGAUAUGGUAUUUUAUGGAGGUUAUUUUUUGAUACAAAAAAGUUUUCAUAAUAAUUUGGAAAAACAGGACAAUUAAUAAAAUGUAUUAUUUUCAAAUCAUAAACAUUACAGUCUUUCAAAAUGUGUACUCUGGCCAGAAUCGGUUUUUUGUUAGAAAUGAUUAAUUGUUCCUUCAGAUACACAUUAAAUUUCCCUUCUACCUUCUCUGAUGCUCACUUACAACAAUAGCCCACCUUCAUGCAAAGUAUGUCAGUUUUAUUUUAUUUAAACUGAAUUUCUUCUAAUUAAGAAUAUAAUAAUUGUUUGCAUAAUAACAAUAUUAGUACAAUUGCUUUAUUUCUCUGACAUUAAUUUUCAUAUUUAAACCAAAAAACACAUAAAAUUGCUUACAAUGUGUAUUAAUAUAGUUUAAUAUUUUGAUGUAAAGGUAAGGAAUUUAAAUUGAGCAAUCCAUUUGGAGCUGAAUUACCCGCUAGAGGAUUCGAUCCUGGUCAAGAUACUUAUCAAGCUCCACCAGCUGAUGGAUCAUCUGUAAAUGUCGCAGUGGAUCCAAAGUCCAAACGUCUUCAAUUAUUGGAACCUUUCAAGGUUUGGAGUGGAAAGGAUUUGGAAAACCUAACUAUUCUUAUUAAAGUAUGUUUUUUUUUUUUAACAAUAUGCAUAUAGUAAGUUGAAAUAUUCGACCAAACAUUGCUAGUAUGGUGCAUUCCAAAAAAAAACUAAACUAUUCUAAACAUAAUAAAUAAAGUUGUUUAAACAGAUUAUUUAUUUGUUAUCUGAUAUAUUUUUACUUAGUAAAUCUUGUGUCCAAUCAUUGAACAAUGCUUAAACCCAGUAGUUUCCCAGAAAUACCAAGUAUCCACUAAAGUGUAUCAAAUACAGCUUUUUUUUGAUUUAUAAUGUUGAAUUUUGUUGUGUAACAAACACAUUAAUUUGUAUUGUCUGAAAAAGGUUAAAGGAAAAUGUACUACUGAUCAUAUUUCUGCUGCUGGACCAUGGUUGAAAUACAGAGGUCAUUUGGACAAUAUAUCCAAUAACAUGUUCUUGACGUAAGUUAUUUUUUAUAUUGAAACAUAUUUGUAUUUUUUAAUUAUUUGUCUAUUUUACUCUUAUUUGAUUAUUCAAGCGCAACUAAUGCUGACAACAAUGAAAUGAAUAAAGUAAAGAAUCAAGUAACUGGAGAGUGGGGCGCAGUGCCAGAUACAGCCAGGGCUUAUAAAGCAAAAGGUGUAUCAUGGGUAGUAUUUGGUGAUGAUAAUUACGGUGAAGGAAGUAGCAGGGAACAUGCUGCUUUAGAACCACGUCAUUUGGGAGGAGUUGCCAUUAUUGUCAAGUCUUUUGCACGCAUCCACGAAACAAAUUUGAAGAAACAAGGAGUAUUAGCUCUUACAUUUGCAAAUGCUCAAGAUUACGAUAAAGUUCAACCAACUGAUAAAGUAUCUUUGGUAGGACUGAACCAAUUUGUUCCUGGCAAGGUAAAAUACAUUUAUUUAAAACUUUGAGAACUAAAAAGUACACUUUUAAAAUUUUUAGAUUUUAUGUACUAUUUCCAUAUAGAGAUCACUAGUGAUGUCUUAAUUUUGUUUGUUUAAUUAAUAUUACUUUUAAUUUCAGCCAUUAAAAUGCAUCCUAUCUCAUACUGAUGGAAGUAAAGAUGAAAUCUUAUUGAACCAUACAUUUAAUGAACAACAGAUUGAAUGGUUUAAAGCAGGCAGUGCAUUAAACCGUAUGAAACAAAUAGCUGCUGCUUUUAAAUAAAUUUACUAACGUCAUUAGAACGUUAUUUUAAUGAUUGUAUUAUAAAUUAAUUUAUUUUUACUAUUUUAAAUAGAAAAAAAAAUAAUUUUGUGUAAAAAAAAAAAACAUGUUUUAGUCAAAUUGUUGUUUAGGAGAAAAAUUAUUGGAUUUAGAUUUUAGAUCCAUCACUACUGUUAUUUUAUAUUAUAUAUAAUUGUAUUUUUAAAACUGUUAAUAGAUCAUAGUCUUAAAUUUUUUUUUUUUAUUAUAUAAUUAUGGAGCUUUGACUCCUGUGCACAUUUCAUUCACUAACUCCUCACAUUCCACUUGACAUCCUAUCUCUUGUAAUUGACGUACAAAUUUAAAAAUAUUUACAGCAAAAAAUAACCAGCAACUCGCUUAAUAUUUAUUCAAAAUAAGAUGCAUAGAUAUGUUACCAGAAAAAUAUAUAGUAAGAAUACAAUUUUGUCAAUGAAAUACCUUUUUAUUAAGAAAGAAUACAUCUCUCAUAAUUAGUGUAUUAUAGUGAACUACGUUAAUCACAAUGAAUUGAUGAAUAAUUGCAGAGUAAAAUUUUUUAAAAAAUAUCCAGUAUAAAGGUGGUAAAACAACAAAAACACAAAAUUACUAGGUAGGUAACAUAAUUUAUAUAAUAGUACAUUUUCUACUUAAUUGUUGAUACAAUUUUAAAUCUAUUACAUUUAGUAUGUAUAUCAAUAGUAGUAAUUGGAUAACGAAUUCAGUGUACGAGUUCGACGCCGCGAAAUUCUCUGGUAAACUUGAUGGCAACAAAAAAGAACGCAACGCUCUUCACGAUAUUCCUACACACAGUAUAGACGAGUUACAGAUAUAUUUUACAAGUAAUAUUGACUGAAUAAAAACGUGUACCACAUACCAUAUGUCUUCGUCCUGAUAAAUGAGCUUCACCUUUUCCAGAGUGGUUCGAGGUUUUGGCUUGACAGCUGGUCCUGGUCUGGCGAACAUUUUGGGUCCGUUUCAAAGAUACUUUGAAAGAAAUCGGCUUAAUUGAGUAGUCUAGAAUAGAACGUUGAAUCAAGGGUUAUGAAAGACUAUUGGAGUUACCACAAUACUGAAUACAGUAAUAAUAAUUGUAUAAUAAUCUUAUUGAAUAUUGUGAAU